AUGGUUUCUCCUACUCUCGUCGUCACUCUCUUAAUCACCUUGUCUCCAAUUUUUCUCCAACCGGUUCACGCUCAAGUCCCAGGCACCACAGCUACAUGUGCCUCCAUGCUUCUUUCCUUGGCUCCAUGUGGUCCAUUCGUGCAAGGCUUUGUCCAGCUCCCGGCUCAACCUUGCUGUGACGGCUUAAACCAAAUCUACAGCCAACAACCAACUUGUCUCUGUCUCUUCCUCAACAACACUUUGACUUUGUCCCCUGCUUUCCCAAUCAAUCAAACUCUUGCUCUACAAUUGCCUCCGCUUUGCAACAUUCCAGCCAAUUCAUCUUCUUGCUCAUCCUCCCCUGGAGGAGAGGCACCUAGUGAAUCCUCCUCUGUUGCUCCACCACCUUCUAGCUCAACCGGUUCUCAAGUCUCUCUAGGUGCAAAGAACAGUUCAGGCGUUGCGGCAACUCCAGUGGCUCCAGUGGCACAAAGACCCACCAGUUUUAUGGGGCUAGGUUAUGGUCUUAGAUCCUCUGGCUCCAAGUCUAAGAUUCAGCUAAGCAUCCUCGCACUCGCAGCUAUCCUACCUGGAUCACUCCUCCUCAUCUAA